CAAACUAGGCUCGACGCUCACCUCCUCCGCCUCAGAAGAAAAAAGAAAAUUCACCAAAACUAAGACUCAACAACGCAUUUCAUUUUACCACCGCAUUCCCCGAAGUCUCAAUGGCCCCCUAGCCAAUUUUGGUUGCGAGGGGUGAGUAUGGGCAAACACUAGAAUAAUACCGUAGUGGGUAUGUCCAAACCCAAGACCUGCUUUUCUUCUGGAGUGUCUUACCCACCAGUAUUACUUGAACGAACAACAGCAUCAGUAAGGAUUCGGAAUACCCCAGACCUUUAACCAGUGUGGGAGGUCUGCCUGCUGCCCUGACCCUCCGGCAAUGUCUCACAGCACAUCAGCUAACGCAGGAAGGGGCAGCUGCACCAGGCCACACUCCAAGACUACCGUUGUCGGCCCUUCCGUAAAGACAAGGCUGCAGUGUAACCAUCUGAAGCCGAAAUGCAAGUGCUCGAACAUAGUCAAUCAAAAGAGGUCCCAUAAAACGAAGCACACGGUGACGGGAACAAGCGGCCAGCGGCAAGUGUUAAGCUCCAGCCGUGCCUUGCCGAGAGGGGAGACCAAUGGCAGGAAAACGUAUCACUGCACCGACGACUCAGUAUCGGUCUGUGACGCUACGUGGCGACCAAACCUAACUAGCUACUCAGACGACAGACCGACGACUAACACUGAAAACCGUAAACACAGAGACAGGGACGGUAAAGUUAUAAAAAAGAAACUACGCUUUGAAGAUCAAGUUACCAAGUUUGAGAGGAGGCACAACCGUGAUCAGGCUACAGACUCUGGUAAAGAUGCGAGUAAACGUCGGGAUGGAGGACAGCAUCUGCCUCCCUGUACAGCCCGAUCUUCACCUAGAAGCAACACUGGUAGCGGUCCCGAGAGAAAUAUCAAGGAAAUGUCCAGAGAUUACUGCAGACUCUGUGAAGGAGCCGAGAAGGGAUAUUCCUAUGAUUCUUACAGGAAGAGAAGAAAAGAUGAGGUGCUUCCUGAUGCCACUAGAGAGACAACUGCCAAACUUUCCCCGGAUUCUGACGAUGUAUCGUCGAAAGAAAAUCAUGAGAUAUGUUUCCUCUGCCAUCAAAAUACACAUCACUGCAGAGGUUGUGAUAAUUACUGCAGAGUUUGUGAUAGAUAUUUGUACUCUCACGGCUCACGGGAACACCUGGCAGAAGAUUGUCAGGCCGAGAAUCGAAGACAUCCACCCACAAGACACGUUUCUGGUGAUGAGGUCGGGCAGUCGUCUUCAUCAGGCAUUCCGUACAGACCAAGGACGACGUUUGUCAAAGAUCUGAAGCAAAAACUGGAGACUACGUACAGGAAAGAGGAGUCGGUGCAUAAAGAAAUGGACGUAGGAACUCGUGAACCAUCAGGAGGGACAGAUAGCAACAGGAUCCCCCAAAGGCACCAUUCUGGCCGGCACCACAUGCACCCUGGCAAGAAAUGUCUGCAUCGCUACCAACAGAACGAUCGUUUAUUCCUGGAACCGACACUCACGGACAGGGAGGGACGAAGCCUGUGCAGCGAGUGUGGCGCGGCGCAACCCAAGAAUCCCGAGAGAGACCCUUAUGUCUACCACAUCACCCUCGGAGACAUGAAACCAUCCCACGAGAGGACACACGGUGCUUCAAGGGGGCAUUCUUCACACAAGGGCAAGGAGAAUGGUGCAGCCUCUCUUAGCAAGUCCAGGAAGAAGUCAAGCGAUGCGUCAAAACACAUAUACGCCAAAUUAAACGAUAGCAUUGAUGAUAUUUUCUGGAACAAGGGCGUACACUCUACCUUCUCAACCUCCUCCCCUCAGACAAAGGUUCUCCGCUCUCUGCACAGCAAGCGACAUCCCAGUAGAUCCAUGGCAUUAGUUGACUACCUCGUUUAACAUGUCCACUGCGACUGGCACGGAUUUGGCCUUCACUGGUAGCCUGGUAGCAUACACUCCCAGGUCUUUCUCUGCCUCUGUGGUGGAUAGUGGAGUGUUUCCCAUGUGGUAUUGGUGUGCUGGAUAUCCCUCCACUGGUAGCCUGGUAGCAUACACUCCCAGGUCUUUCUCUGCCUCUGUGGUGGAUAGUGGAGUGUUUCCCAUGUGGUAUUGGUGUGCUGGAUAUCCCUUCACUGGUAGCCUGGUAGCAUACACUCCCAGGUCUUUCUCUGCCUCUGUGGUGGAUAGUGGAGUGUUUCCCAUGUGGUAUUGGUGUGCUGGAUAUCCCCUCCCAAUGUGCAGGACUUUACAUUUUUCUUCAUUGAAUUGUAGCAGCCACUUUUUGUUUAAUUCCUGUAAUUUGGUGAUGUCUUCUUGUAAUAAAUCCACACUCUAGGGGUUAACAUCA